AUGUCCGACGACGAGCUUGAUCGCGAGUGGAAGCCGAGUAACAGACCACAGUCGACCAUGGCCCGGUCUUUCUCCCUUGCCCUCAACGAUCUCUUUAUGAUCGAUAACAGCGUAGCAGACCUCGACGCGGUUGUAUCAGAGAAAAAGAAAGCGGUCUCAUCUCAAGCAUCUGAACUCGAAGCCCUCGAAGCACGUUUAAAGGCCACAGAGGAGCGGUUAAAGGCUCGACAAGCUCUCGGCGCUGGCGCUGGCGCUGGCUCCUCCCCCAAAACCAAACCGUCAGGUCGAUCCAGCCCUCGCGUUCGUACCCCACUUGGCGACACCUUUGCGUCCAGCUCACCAAAGGGAGAACACGAAACCAGUCCACUUGCUACUGAAUUCGGCAGUGAGGCCACAGAUGGGCAACAUACGGAACAACCUGGCGAAGGAAGACCAGCCUCACAUCGAAAGCAGGAAUCAUACACAGGCCCACCGGUGCCAGGAGCAUUGCCGCCGACGCCAGGUACUAGCGAAGGUGAAUAUGGAUCCGAACCCGAAUAUGUCCUUGUUGAGUCCGAAAAAUGUGAUACUAACGUUGGGAUACAAGAUGGAGAUGUGCCUCCCCCACGGAACAACAAUACUUGA